AUGUUUAUUAAGUUGGUGAUUGGUGAGUGCACCCUCACUGUAGUUAGCGCGUAUGCGCCGCAAGCGGGCUUGGAUGAGGAGGUUAAGAGGCGCUUUUGGGAGGGUUUGGAUGAGAUUGUGCGUAGUAUUCUGCCUACUGAAAGGUUAUUUAUUGGAGGGGGUUUUAAUAGCCAUAUUGGGUCCGACGCUGGUAGCUACGGCGAGGUGCAUGGUGGCUUUGGCCUUGGGGAUAGGAACGGAGGAGGCACUUCGCUGUUAGACUUCGCUAAAGCUUUCGAGCUGGUAAUUGUGAACUCGACUUUUCCGAAGAGGGAGGAGCAUCUGGUAACUUUCUAG